GUCGUUAUUUCUUUGGUGACUGUUUCCCUCCAGCUCUCCUGAGGCACUUCUGAUAGCCUCGAGAGGAAUCCGGUUUAGGGGUUUCAAACCUGUUCCAGUGUGCCCGGUUUACUGCCAUUGCAUCUGAGCGCGGCGGCCCCGGUGCCUUUAAGGCGUUUAAGAAGAAUUGAGAUACUAAUGCCAAUCAACGUACAUUGAAGAUAAGGUGGUGCACCAGAAGGUGGGCUGCCUGAAGACACGAGCCACGAUUGCAUUCCCACUGGAAGUAGAGCUGGACGCAAGACUUGCCCCUCAGCAGUUGUGAUGGCGGAAAUAAGAAGGUCCUACAGUGCAGGGGAAGCAGUGGAGGAGCUCAUGGGAGCUGACGGGCAGCAGUGGGCCAGUAUGGACCCAGAAGAACGAAUGUUGGCAGCUACGACAGCUCUGACCCGUAUCUGUGCAGGGCAGGGUGAGGGCGACGCCAGGAGAGAAGGCCUGUCCCUGCAGUAUGACCCCUACAGCAAAGCCUCUGUCACCCCUGGGAAGCGCCCCGCUGGCCCCGGGCCUCUGCAGUACCCGCAGGUGGAAAGCCAUGCCACUUUGGAGACAGCCCUGGGGGCUUCCCAAAGACUCCGGAAGCCUGUGAUGAAGAGGAAGGUACUGCGGAGGAGGCCGGACGGGGAAGUGCUGGUGACCGACGAGUCCCUUAUCAGUGAGUCCGACUCGGGUACGGAGAGUGACCUGGAUCUCUGGGACUUAAGACAAAGGCUGAUGGGGCUGCAGUUCCAGGACAGGGAGUCCCCCCUCCAUGCGGCACAGAGGGUCAAUCUGCCCUACAACUGCCCAGGCCUUUCUCAGGACCAGCUUCUCUGCUACCUCGGAAGAGAGGCGACGGGCCCUCCCGCUUACGAGCAAGAUCUGAUCGUUGCCAGCAAGCCCAAGUCCUUCAUCCUCCCAAGACUGGCCCAGGUCAGCAGGAUCCUGGGCAAGGUCGACCGUGUGGCCCGCUACUUUGAGUAUAAGCGGGACUGGGAUGCCAUGCGGUUUCCUGGUGAAGAUCACAGGAAGGAGCUGCGCUGGGGCAUCCGGGAGCAGAUGCUCUGUCGAGCAGAGCCCCCGCCCAGGCCGCAGCAUGUGUACGUCCCAAACACGUACCUGGUGCCCACCGAGAAGAAGCGCUCUGCCCUCCGCUGGGGCGUCCGCUGUGACCUGGCCAACGGUGCCAUGCCCAGGAAGCCUCCCUUCCCACUUUCUCCGUCUUAGGUCUUUCUUACCUCCUGUCCUCUCACCUCCUGGCUGUCCCUUGGAAUAACCUGGUUCUUUAUCUCUCCUUUGAAGUAAAAACGGAUGGAAAGGCAGUGGGGGCCUCAGGGAGUAAGGACCCCCACCGCCGGUCUGUUCACGCAGCCUGGGUGGCAUCACACCCCACUACUUCCAGGUCACCAUUCCCGACCCAGCAAGUGUGGGGAGAUCACGCCAGAGGAGACCAGGCCUUCCCUGCUGCGUGAGUUAGCAAGGGUCGCUCCUGCUCUGCCUGUGUGCACAGCUGUGUCUAUGUGUGUUUAGAGUCAUUAAAGUCUUAGAAAUAUGUAA